UCAUAGGAUGCAAUCUAACUUGUCCAAGGCCCGCUGGUGACGCUGGUGAUGUCCACGUCGUAACGCAGGUUCUUGGGGGAUGAAGACAGCUCGGAGGAGAGGGACAAUCGGGGCUGACGAGCCACAGGAAACCCCCGGCUGCACGAGGAGACGUCUUGCGGCCAACGCCCGCGAGAGGAGACGCAUGCAGGGCCUCAAUGUGGCCUUCGAGAGACUCCGGCAGGUAGUGCCACAGUGGGGCCAGGACCGAAAGCUCUCCAAGUACGAGACUCUACAGAUGGCCCUGAGUUACAUUGCGGCGCUAAGCCGGUUGGUGGCUAGGGCUGAGAUAGGCAUCGGGAUCGGAGUUGGGGAGCCUCCUGCAAUGGCUGAGGAAGAGACUGCUACCUUCUCGUCUGCCACCGAGUCUCACUGCUGCCCUUGCUACCUUCUGCAUGAAGACGGCUCGCAAGUGCCAGCUGCAUUCGAAGGCGCCGCCACCUUCGAACACAUCUGUGAUUCGUUCACCGCUGUGCAAUGAGAAGUCUGAAAAUGCUGAUUCGGCGAUGUGUGCUGUAUUAAGCUAGUGCGGGGCCUGUAGCAUAUGUUAUAAAGGGGCCCUACAUUUAAAAAAAAUAUUAAUAUUAAAACACAAAUUUUUUACUUGCAUAGUAAAGUAAUUGUAUUUUUCAUUUGCUAUACAGCCAGAAAAUACGACAAAUCGCUAACCUUAAACACCCAGUCGUUCAUAAAAGUUGAAGGCAGUAAUGUACUAGAGUAAUAGAGCAAGUGCAGAAUCACUGAACCGGAAUUAAUAGCUUGAAAGCAUUUAGC